AUGACUAAACAACAAACUGUCCUAGUUACCGGUGGUGCCGGUUACAUUGGUUCCCACACCAUCGUUGAACUGAUCGAAAAUGGUUAUAACUGUGUGAUCGUGGAUAACCUUUGCAACUCAUCCUACGAAUCUGUCGCAAGAUUGGAGGUCUUGUGCAAGACGCAUAUCCCAUUCUACCAUGUUGAUUUGUGCGAUAGAGAACCAAUGGAAAGAAUCUUCAAAGAGAAUAAGAUCGACUCUGUUAUCCAUUUUGCAGGUCUAAAGGCAGUCGGGGAGUCCACUGAGAUCCCAUUGAAGUACUACCACAACAAUAUAUUGGGUACUUUGGUGUUGUUGGAGAUGAUGCAAAGAUAUGACGUUGAGAAAUUGGUGUUUUCCUCCUCCGCUACAGUGUACGGUGAUGCUACAAGAUUCCCAGACAUGAUUCCAAUCCCAGAAGAAUGUCCAGUGGGGCCCACAAACCCAUACGGGCAAACUAAGUUGGCCAUCGAAAAGAUACUCGCUGAUUUGUACAACAGCGAAAAGGAGACUUGGAAAUUCGCUAUCCUUCGUUACUUUAACCCAAUCGGCGCUCACCCUUCAGGACUGAUCGGUGAAGACCCACUGGGGAUCCCCAACAAUUUGCUCCCCUACAUGGCUCAAGUGGCCACGGGUAGGCGUGAGAAACUGAACGUCUUUGGUAACGACUACGAUACGAGAGACGGCACCCCAAUCAGAGACUACAUCCACGUUGUCGACUUGGCCAAGGGCCACAUCGCCGCUUUGAAGUACUUGGAUGCUCGCCAAACUGGUAAAGGUAUUUGCCGUGAGUGGAACUUGGGGUCCGGUAAGGGAUCUACCGUUUUCGAAGUGUACCGCGCAUUCUGCGACGCAGUUGGUGAAGAAAUCCCUUACGUGGUCACCGGGAGAAGAGCCGGUGAUGUCAUAAACUUGACCGCUAAACCAGAUAGAGCCAAACAGGAAUUGAAAUGGCAAACUGAGUUGGACGUCGCUACAGCUUGUAAGGAUAACUGGAAAUGGGCCACUGAAAAUCCGUUCGGUUACCAGUUGAAAGGUGUGAAGGCCGAUUUUUCGACUCAUGAAGAACAAUACGAUGCUAGGUUUAUCACCAUUGGAGCUGACUCCAAAUUCCAGGCCACCGUCGCUAACUUGGGUGCCACUUUGGUGGACCUCAAGGUCGACGGUGAAUCAGUCGUCCUGGGUCACAACUGCGAAGCAGGCUACCUGACUCCAGACACUUGCUACGCUGGUGCUACUGUGGGGAGAUACGCGAACCGUAUCGCCCAUGGUAAGUUCCAACUGGAUGGCGAAAAAUACCAAUUGACCAUCAAUAACGGUGUUAACUGCAACCACGGUGGUCCAGGCUCCUUCCACGCCAAAAGGUUUUUGGGUCCCUUGGUCCAAAAUCCAUCCAAGGGUAUUUUCACAGCAGAAUUCAUGUUGAUCGACGAGGACAAAGAAACUGAAUUCCCAGGUUCUUUAGAGGUUCAUGUGUUCUACAAGCUGAAUGUCCUAACCAAAUCUUUGGAAAUUGAAUACACGGGUAAGGUAAGUGGUAAAGCUACUCCUAUAAACAUGACCAACCACACAUAUUUCAACCUUAACAAGCUUUUGGGCAAGGGUACCAUUGAGGGGACUGAACUCCAAGUUGCAACCAAAAAAUCUGUAGAGGUCGACAAAGAUACUAUCCCAACUGGUAAGAUCAUUGAAAGAGAUAUUGCUACAUUUGACGAAAAACCAACUGUUCUAGGUGAGAAAACCCCAGAAUACGACUACAGUUUCGUCACGGAGGAACACUCAAAGGACAUUGACACCAGAUCCAAGAAAUUACAAUUGGUUACCAAGGCCACAAACCCUGAGUCCAAAGUAACUCUAGAGGUUUUGACAACAGAACCAUCUUUCCACGUUUACACUGGUGACUGGCUAUGUGCCGGAUUUGCUCCAAGAGAAGGUUUCGCUGUUGAACCUGGCAGAUACGUCGAUGCCAUUAACCAACCAAGUUGGAAAGACUCUGUCAUUUUGAAGCCUAAUGAAACCUACGGUUCUAAGAUUGUCUACAGGUUUUCUUAG